AUGCUGGCGUCUUCUGAGUGGAAAUCUGGUUUUCCUUGUGAUGCUUCUGCAGAAGCAGCGGCAGCAGCAGAGGGCCUUCUGGAGGGUGAAAGCACUUCGCAGACUUGGGAUUGCGAGGCAACGGCGAGAAAUGAGACCGAUUUCGUUAGUGUUGCGGAGGUCUAUGAGAUGGCAGCUGCGAUCGGUAAAGACUUUGAGGCUCUUAUUGAUAGCCAUGGAGGAGAUUCUAUUUGCGGACUAAUGCCCAAGGUCAUUCAUGUCCUUGAAGAGUUAGAGGAACAGGCUUCGAAGAGAGAUGGCCAACUGAGUGAGAUUGCUGCAUUACAGGCUGCUAUCGAACGAUUAGAAGCAGAUAAAAUAGCCCGUGCUCAACAGCGUCUCAAGGAUGAGCAGGUUUUAAAAUUCCCCUUUUUGGCAUUAAUCCUUGUCUUUUCCUAUUGCGUAAACAGCUUACCCCAUUGGGAUAUUUAUAAACCGAUUGGUAAUCACAUCUGUCAUUCCAACAUUUCAUUUCUGUUAAAAGAAGGAAGCUGA